ACAGAGCUAUCCCAAAAGGGAUGUACCUAGGCACGACUGUCAGGUACGCGGAGUCGCCAUGUGAAGCUCAACCUUGGUGCUGCAUUAGCUUCCACGUUUCUGGCCCUGGUAGGUGCUACGGGUCUGGCUAUUUAAAGCUGCCUGCUCCUCCCCUCUCUGGUUUUGAAGGAUUCCAUACAGUGCAAGAAGAGGAAAAGCUACCCCGCUAUCCAUUGCUUCGACCUCAGACUUUACGCGUCGACCUGUCCUUCCCCGCCAGCGUUCACAAACUCUUGAUCCUCCAAACGGCGCUAUUCCGAAGAGAUAAGCGGAAGCAAGAAAGGGAGAGCAAUCAUGGCUGCCCCUGCGCACAAAACGAUCAAGGAUCUCGACGGCAAAUGGCUUAUCAAUAAGUCCAUCUCCGACUCCACCGACCCGAUCCUCGCCCUCCAAGGCGUCGGCUGGCUCACCCGCAAAGCCAUCAAUCUCGCCACCAUAACGCAGCACCUCUCCACCACCACGGGGCCCCCCGAAGAAGACCCCGCCGGCGCGCCCAUCACGCACAUUGUAAUCCAGCAGUCCGCCACAGGCGGUGUAAAAGGCACGACGGAAAAGCGCGCCCUGGACUGGACGUUCCGGCCGCACUCGGACUGGCUGUUCGGCGACCUGCAGGGCCGCUCGCGGUACAACAGCAUCGCGGCCAUCCUCAAGGAAAAGGAGGGCAAGGGGGUCGAAGAGACGGACGCGAAGUUUUUGUGUGAUGGGUGGCUGCCGGAGACGCUGGAUGGCGAGGUCGUCGAGAGCUUUGUGGAUAAUGAUGGGAAGCAGUGGACGGGGUUGCAGCUUUGGGGGUUUAGCGAUGUGAAGGGCGAGAGGUGGUUGACGAGGCGGUUUGCGGUGCGUAGGAAGGAUAGGGAUGAGGUUGUGCAUGCAAGGUUGGUGUAUGAGUGGGUGGGGGAGUUGGAUGCGUAGGUUAUACAGCCGGGCGCCUGGUCGAUCGAUCGAGGAUGAGCUUGCGAGAGCUUGAUGGAGGAUGAAUAUGCUGAGAAGACGAGUACCGUAAUUUUUUUUAUCACCCGAGCGUGCGUUUUCUUGAGAAUCUCAUCGUAUUGGCUUUUCAGUAAGCCACUCUUGUUCUGGCCCUCUGCGAGGUUCCCGUGAAGCGCAAGGCUGAAGGAAAAGUACACAAGU